AUGAAGAAUAGCUUGAAAUUAUCUCGUUAUUUACCUCAUCAUUAUCAAGAUAAUAGCUACAAUGAUUAUCCAUCAGAUACAAAAUAUCCUUCAAUAUGUGCUGGUUGUAAUUGUCAAAUUUACGAUCAAUAUUUAUUAAAAGUUGCGCCAGAUCUUGAAUGGCACAUUCAAUGUUUAAAAUGUUACGAAUGUGGACAAUAUCUCGAUGAAAAAACGACAUGUUUUGUUCUCGAUGGAAAAACUUUUUGCAAAUUCGAUUAUAUACGAUUGUUUGUAUCUAAAUGUGCCAAAUGUCACCAAUCGUUUUCUAAAAAUGACUUAUUUAUUCGUACGACAUUCUAUCGAAGAUUUCAUACGGAUUGUUUUCGUUGUGAUCAUUGUGAUCAUUUGCUUACAUCAGGCGAUGAAUAUUAUAUUCAUAGGCAAAAUGAAAUUUUAUGUCGACAACAUUUUCAACAAUUAUCAUCAAAUGAAACAAGUAGUACAGAAUCAAAAUCGUCAUCGUCGGAUUCAGUUGGAAAUCCAACAGCAGCAACAAAUAAUAAUAAUAAUAAUAAUAAUAAUAAUAAUAUUCCAUUACGUCCACUACCAACAUCAUCAUCAUCAUCAGCAGCAUCAAGCUCGUCAAAUCAAGUAACAGUAGGACUUAGCGGCUCGAAAUCAACAAAUCAUGGAAAUACUAUACGUAAAGAUAAAACAACACGUAUGCGUACAGUAUUAAACGAAAAACAACUGUUAACGCUACGUACAUGCUAUAGUGCUAAUCCACGACCGGAUGCACUUAUGAAAGAGCAACUUGUUGAAAUGACACAAUUAUCUCCGCGUGUUAUACGUGUUUGGUUUCAAAAUAAACGUUGUAAAGAUAAAAAGAAAAGUAUAUUAGCAAAACAAACUCAAGAACAACAAAAAGUUCUCUCAAGUCUUAAUCAUGGUAUACCAUUAGUUGCUUCAUCUCCUGUAUCAAACGAUAUGAAUAUUGGUUUACCGCAAGCAUCACUUGUUGAAGUUCAAUAUCAUCCAGGUGGUCCAUGGAAAACGUUUAAUGAAGCAUAUCCACCGUUUUCUAAUGAUUAUCAUUCUCAUAGUCAUCAACAUCAUAUACAACAACGACAGCCAACUUUUCAUGAUAAUGUUCUUAGCGGUUUUGCAUCAGAGGAUGAUAGCAAUUGUUUUGAUGCAUCACAAUUUAGUGAAGAACGUAGUGACAAUAGUUGCGAUGGAAGUGCAACUGGUCAACUAACACUUUUGUGA